AUGGACAUUAUUGAGUAUGACAUUUCUCCACACAGUGCUGCCUUAGGUCAAGGUUGGAGGCUUGGUUUUUUGGGUCUCUUGCACAUGGAUGUAUUCAACCAACGUUUAGAACAAGAACAUGGAGCACAGGUUGUCGUCACUACACCCUCUGUUCCUUACAAGGUAAGAAUACAAGGUGAGAAGGCACUUCGUGAAUAUGGAGAAGAGGAACCAACUAUUACCAAUCCAAUUCAGUGGCCAGAUCCUCAGAUCAUUGUAGAGACAAGUGAACCAGUGGUGAUGGGCACAAUCAUAACACCAGAUUCUUAUCUUGGUGCCAUUAUUAGUUUGUGUCAAGACAGAAGAGGAAUUCAGCAUAACCUGAGGAACCUAGACCAGAACAGAAUAAUUGUUCAGUACAAAUUGCCAUUAAAUGAGAUUGUGGUAGAUUUUUAUGACAUUUUAAAGUCUGUAUCAUCGGGUUAUGCAACUUUUGACUAUGAAGAUUUCGGAUUUGAGCCAUCAUCUCUCGUUAAGCUGGACAUUUUAUUUGAAUGGUAUAUGAUCGAUGAACUAUCAACAAUGUCCAUUCAUCAAGAGCAAGAUUUGUAG